CAAGCGCAAUGUAAUGGCGCUGAAAUGAAACUAGAAACAAUAAGCGUCCGCCCUGUCAACUGUAGGCAAACACGACAAGUGAUAACAAUCCACAGAGAAGCGCACACAUAGCACUAUAUGAAGCGCGCAAAUUCGGUUUCGUCGCUUUCUAACGGCGCAGUCGGAGAGCUAACCUCGCGAAAGUGGGCUAUCGACACGAAGCUUCAAAUUGCGAACAUACGUUUCGCCUCUUUUCGGUCGGUCGGACCAGUCGCAAAAACGGCUAGUGAGCACACAGGCUUACAUACACUUCGGGAGAAGGUGCGUUAGUUUUCGGACGUAAGCAGUAUGGCGGCCAAAAACGUGUACGUGGUGUGCGGGUUCUGCCCUGAGCUGGACUGGAAACCGACGGCUUUCGUGGGGCCGAUACCGCCGUGUAAGGUGUGCGCCUGGUGCGGCGUAAUUCCCAUGAGCGGCUGGCUACUUCCAUGCGGCGAGCUAGUAUGCCUGCCCUGUCGCGAGAAGAGCGGAAGCUGUCCUGUCCACGGAACUAAGUUUGCGGAGCACGAGCUCGUGAUGACGACGUUUUUGCACCAGCACAUGAUGCAGCGAAAGGUCUACUGCUGGAGCUCAUGUUGCAACAAAACGGGGACAGUGUCUGCUAUGCUUGAACAUUAUGAAAAAGACUGCCCUUACCGCACUGGACCACCACGCUACCAGAAAGAAGAUGUAGAGUGUGGUCUACGGCACAUGGAUCUGAAACACGCUUCAGAGGCAGGCCAUGAACAAAGCACCCAGAGUGCGCUGGAACUGAACGACAACUCCAUGGACGCGAUGGCAAGAAAGGGCGAACCUUUAAAAGACAGCGAUGCGGAGUCCAUUGAUGACCUUGUCGAAGAUAAAAGCGCUGUUGGUAGCAUCAAGAUAUCUCAUUCGAUCAAACUUUCUACGACUCACAGUGAACCACAUGAAGGAAUGCACACUUCAAUCCAUAUCAGCGUGAAUACUAGCGCCAUUGAUGAGUCCACCACUUCCGGAUUUGCGGAUAAUGAUCCGAGUAGCACACAAUCGAUAAAAGCAGUGCAAGAAGAAGCAGACUUACAUACGCAGAUAGCUUUGAAACAUGAGCAUGCGCAUGACGACGUCGAAGGUAUUCAGCAGUCGAACACUAAGCAUGGUACUAACGGUAAAGCCAAUGAACGACAGUGCACUGACGCCAACCACGGUGGCCAUAUAGACGAAAAUGCCACUUUUCGGGCCCGUACACGAAUACAGAAUAACGCUGGUUGCACGAGCAGGGAACACUGCAAACAAGGCACGAACGUGAAAGAAAAAGAAGCAUCGGGCGUGCUUUCAACGAACGCAGUGCCACUGAGAUACGACGAGACAGGCCCAUCUGUUGGUGACGCUGAGGACGAGCCUCAUUCAGCAAGAGAAGCACCAGAAUCAGCGCGUCGUGAAGGGUCCCUGGAAGCCCAAGGCACUGCCAAAAAAAUGGACUGUGGUGAUUACCGUGGAUCCACGUGGAUGAAAUAUUGCAGCCAAACCGCAGGACAAGCUCGCGUUCAAGUGCUGCCACGCGUAAAUGACGAAGGCGCUGCCACCACCGGCAACAAUGUGCGGUGGCAGUGCUCGGGGGCUGAAGCGCUGCCAUCUGAUAGCUCAGCGAGAGUCCUCAGUUACGGGUAUGCCGGAGAAAUUGCGGAUGAUGCCACUGGAAAUGAAGAAAAAGUGCUGCGAAGGAAAGGAUCAGUAGAUAUGACACCAGAACAAUCGCAUGACAGGAGUUUGCAAUUGAAUUUGAGCCGCAGUCUCAGCCAAUAUAGGACGUGCUGUGAAAGCGUCAAAGAGAAGAACGCAGACAGCAGUUUGUGCAAAACCAAACCGGCUGUGCUUGAGAAAUCUGAUGAGGGCGAAGCACUGCUUUUGCGUGGUAUGCCCGAAACAAAGACUGGACACAUAGGCGCCUUGCAGUCUAUGAAACUUGACUUAGAGACCGCUCUAGCAGCGACAAAAGAAUGUAUUGAGAAACACCCAGAAGAUGUUGCUUCUCUGCGUAAACAUGAGGAAAUCAUCAGAGAGUGCAUCUAUGAAGUUGUUAACGCCUGCAAAGCGAUAUUGCAGGCCUCUCUUAAAGCCUCCGAGUCAUGCGAAUGGUACGUGGAGAACUAUGAUCAAGUCAAGAAGAAGGCAUUGCAGCAUGAGUGUUGUUCUGUGGGAAGUUCCUCACCGCUCUAUCUCCGUGGAUACAAUAUCAAGCCGAGCGUCCUUCUCCGUAAGAGGAAGGGCCUCACUGAGUUUCACGCCGAAUUGACUUUGUAUAAGGGACUGUACGAUGACUUUGUAAGGUGGCCUUUCCAAGAGAUCUGCAAGCUUACCCUACUGCACCCUUCUGAUGUCACUAAAAACAUCGUCUUCUGCAUGACUGGUGACAAUGAGCCUGGAUAUAUAGCGUACUUGAAACCAAGAGGCAUGAAGAAUGUUAGUGUUCAUGCCAACGAGCACCGAUCACUUCAGGAAAUCGAAGAGGGAGGCUUUAUUUCCGAUAACAAGCUCCAUUUUAGGUUCGAGGUUUCGAGAGUGUAACAACGACAGAGCGUUUCCACCAGCCAACACCUCAUGCCACGCCCUGCUCAAUGUUUGUAUGACGUGAAGCUCAAGUUUUGGUGCUGCCUCAUUCAAGUGAUUUGCACAAGAGCUCAUGCAAGAAUCGAAGACAAAUUUUUGUUGACCUUGAAAGAAAGUUUCUGGGUAUGUUUACG